AUGGAUCAGAUCUUGAACAAGGUUGGAUCGUACUGGUUAGGCAAGAAGGCGAACAAGCAGCUCGAUUCCGUCGGCGACGAUAUUAACUCUCUGUCUACCAGCAUUGAAGGAGGGACAAAAUGGCUAGUGAACAAAAUCAAAGGGAAAAUGCAGAAGCCAUUGCCAGAGUUACUGAAGGAGUUUGGUUUGCCUGUUGGGAUCUUUCCACGAGAUGCAACCAACUACGAGUUCAAUGAACAGACGAGGAAACUAACAGUCUUUAUCCCAUCAAUCUGCGAAGUUGGCUACAAAGAUUCAUCGGUCUUGAGAUUCACCACAACGGUCACCGGAUUUCUGGAGAAAGGGAAGCUAGUUGAUGUUGAAGGGGUGAAAACAAAAGUGAUGAUAUGGGUUAAAGUCACAAGUAUCUCUGCAGAUUCAUCAAAGAUCCAUUUCACGGCUGGGAUGAAGAAAAGCAGAAGACGUGAUGCUUAUGAGGUUCUAAGAGAUGGCGUUGAGAUUGAUAAAUUCUAG